AUGGCGGACACUUCGUCCAUAGUACCGCACGGCGCUGCUCAGCGCCUACCGCAGCCUGGCGAGCCCGUGUGUGUGUUCUGCGGUCGAUACGGCGAGUACGUGUGUGACGCCACAGACCAAGACGUCUGCAGUCUCGAAUGCCGCGAUCUCUGCAUAUCCAGACACCAAAUGAAGCUGCAACACGGUGCACAGCAAGCUAAGCAGUCCAAAGAACUUCGACGUAAACUAGGCAUCAAAAUAUCUGCUCAAACGGUGUCCGAGACCGGAAAAAGUGUCGACUCAUGGCCAAUUCCAUUCGUGGACUUUACACAACAACAAGAAGGUCUGCAAUUACCUGAAACAUUGCUGAAUAAUCUCAGUGCCAAUGGAUUUGAGAGACCGACGCCCGUGCAGAUGCAGACGAUUCCUUGUGUGCUAAUAGGACACAAUGUAUUGGUGAGUGCCCCUACAGGAACAGGUAAGACGGCGUCAUAUUUAAUUCCAGCGAUCACACAAAUGUUACUGGCCAGAGAAGAUAAGGAGGAGGUUUUAGCGUUGGUGCUGGCUCCUGUUCGAGAGCUGGCGAUCCAAAUUGAGACUGUGGCGAAGAUGUUAAUGCGUGGGAUUGCCAAUAUGAAGACUGCACUCUUAGUGGGCGGCUUCCCCGUUCCGACGCAGCGCUAUCGGCUCCAAGGUGGCGUUCAACUGAUUGUGGCCACACCUGGUCGCUUUCUUGAUAUCUUCACGAACUAUAGCGGUGGCGAUGCUAUCUUGCCUGCUAUUCGCUUGUGCGUAAUUGACGAAGUGGAUGUUAUGCUGGACAUUGGUUUUCGACCGCAGAUUUCCCAAAUUGUGGCGCUAUUGGCUGAAGACCGCCACAGAGAGGUUCAAUUACUCUUCUUCAGUGCUACCGUUUCUGAUGAGGUUGAAACUCUGGUUCGACAGAUUCUGAAGACUCAAAGAGAGCACUCUUAUACUCGAAUCGACGUUCGUAGAGAUGAAAACGCGUCCAUAGGAAUGCCGCGUUAUUCGCUAGGUUCAGGUGUUAAACACGUGGUUCGGUGGGCUGAAAACAAAGCGAAAAAGAACGAAGUAUUCGAGUUUUUGAAAGGAAAAGGGGAAGAAUCAACGCUUGUCUUCGUUGGAUCAAAACUUGGCGCCACGAUGCUGGCAGAAUCGAUUGAAAAGCGUUGUGGGAUUGGCGCUGCGGCGAUUCAUGCAGAUAAAACCCAGCAAGAGCGACUCAGUCUGCUUGAAGCUUUCGUGAACUUGGAGACUCCUGUUCUGGUAUCCACGAACGUGUUGAGCCGUGGAAUGGAUCUAUUGAACGUUGAAAACGUGGUCGUCUAUGACUUCCCUAAGAAGAUUACAGACUUCGUUCACCUCAUUGGUCGUACUGGGCGUACUGAUGAUGUAUCGGGGAAGGCGCUUACACUUGUGAAUCUGGACGACCGCCCACUUUUUCGGGAACUUAUCCCUUUAUUGCGCCAAGUUAAAGUUUCUGUACCUCCAGAAGUGUACCAGAGUAUUCGUUCUGAGGAUGCUAAGAAGCGUACUCGCUCAAUUAAAGCCGUCGUGGAUGAAUCUAAGCGAGCUUUCCGCAUUCGAAGGGAGCUGAUGGAUGAAAUAGGAACGCAAGCAUCGGACUGGAAGGAAUGGGAUAACCACAACAAACGGAGGCGUAUAGGGCCGUAA